AUGACGAAAGGAAUUUCUAGAAGUGAAGUUCAAAGAAUAUUUGAAAAACAUUAUGAGAGAGUAACAGCGACAAAACUAAGAGGACAACAACUUCUAAGAAGUAUAAAGAACCAGAACCAAAUAACAAAUGAACACCAAGAACAGAAAAAGAACUUAAUCAGCGAUAGACAAAAAAAAAAAAACACUUCUGGAACCAGUAAACGAAAAAUGGAAGACCAGAAAAGUGUAGUGUUACUGAUGAAAAUAAUUGUAGAGAUAAUGGAUAAAUUAGUGAAGGAUGUCAAAUCAUUACAAGUAGAACAACAACAUCUCAAGCACUGA